AUGUCGGACAGUUCGACCACCAGCUCCGCCUCCUCAUUCAGACCAAGGUAUAGAUUCGCUCGAAGCGAGCCUACCUAUCGCAACACCUCAACUACGCAGCGUCCAAAGCGCGGUAUAUCCCUCCACUUCGAUAAACCGCAAGAUUAUCCUCAAACUCUCCUAUCUCCAGAACGCAUCAGAUACCUGCGCAGUCUGCCCGAGUUUCGCCAUUGGAACCAUCCUCUGGCUGGACGCCGGGCUAUGAACGACGACAUCUGGUUUCUCCAGACCGGUGUAGCCAGCCUGAAUCACCUACUAAAGAGGGGUCCUGUUGCGUUCCAUCUCCAGACAAAGCAGGAACAGGCACGCACUCUCGCAAACUUCCGCAGGAAUGAGAGGAGUCGCACUAUGAAGCAGCAGGAGAAGGCAGAUACUACGACCCCCGAUCAAAGCACGGAUGAAGAAUACCCCGUAGCCUCGCUCCAGGCCUUGCAGAACGCGAUCAAGCACUACGAGCGGCAGAUCUACCAAGCCAGACGCGAGAUCGCACGACGCACGUACGACACUUCACCGCACAGCACCUCACCCGAGCACGGCUCCAGCACCUGGAACACGAUCCUCCGCGCCGCCUGCGCCCCGUCUCUCUCCACCCGCGGCGCCAUACCCAUCUCCGAGCCCCCUCCCUGCAUCUUCCCCUGCCUCACCACCCUCACCAACAUCCUGCCCGACACAGACUUCAUGGCCACGCUGCCCGAAUUUGCGCACUGGAGCGACCCGCAGGCUAGAGCCCAGGACACGGAUAUGGUCGUCUGCGGCCGCGUGUCGCUCCCCUACUUGUUUCUGCGUGGUCCGAUGCUGCCCCCGUGGUACGUGGAUGCGGAUCCCGCGGCGGAGGGGCCGCGGGAUGCACACAGGAUACUGGGGCGCUUGCCGCACAAUUGGGCGCAGUACGACAGCGUGAUAGGCGAGGUGGCUGCAGAUAUCCGCGAGCUCGCGCGCCAUGCGGCGGGGCUGUGGCGGGAGCAUGGCGGCAUGGAGGGGUCCCCGGGCUCGUGGUCGUGUGGAGUGUUUCUCCCGCGCCGGCUGCCUCCUCUGGAUGAGACGUCAGAUAAGGACGAGCAGGGGGUGUGGGGGAGCCAGAAGACUGCGUCGGUACGCAAGCCCACUGCGGUUCCGGCGGAGCUGGACACUGUCUGCGUUGUCUUUCCUGAGCUGACGUCGCCCAGUGCAAGCACCCCGUAUCAGCCGCCAACGUACGCGGGCCCCAGCACAACCACAAGAGCAGGACCCAGCAGAACUACAAAAGCAGGAUCCAGCACCACCGCAAAGGCGAGGCUCAAUACCACUAAACCACCAGCCCCCAGUUCCGCCCCGCCCACCACUGAGCUCUCCUCCCCCCUACCCCCAGCCCCCACGCCACCCCCCAACCGCACAGCAGAAGUCAUCUCCCUCUCCACCACCGACGACGGCGCGACGGACGACGAAGCCGACAGCUCAUCCUACGGCGCAACCAGCGAGUCAGCAGGAGGCGUACCCAUCCCGUCCGCCAAACCCGCGACCAACGAACCCUUCCACAUCACCGAGCUCGAGCGUCUGCGUCUCGACACCCAGGCGCUGGAGGAAUUUGCGCAGGAGUUCCGGGCGCAGUAUGAGAGUGCGCGGGGUGCGGCGGGUGAGGGCGAGGGAGAGGGGAAGGGGAAGGGCAAGGAGGUCGUCAGGGACGUGUGA